CCACGUCCGAAGCAGUGAGUUGCUGCUGCAUCAGCUAUGGUGUCAGUGAUCAACACCGUGGACACCUCUCAUGAGGACAUGAUUCAUGAUGCCCAGAUGGACUAUUAUGGCACCCGCCUAGCAACCUGCUCUUCGGACAGAUCCGUCAAAAUCUUUGAUGUACGAAAUGGAGGGCAGAUCCUCAUUGCAGACCUCAGAGGACAUGAGGGGCCAGUAUGGCAAGUAGCCUGGGCCCACCCCAUGUAUGGCAAUAUACUGGCUUCCUGUUCCUAUGACCGGAAAGUUAUUAUCUGGAAGGAGGAAAACGGGACUUGGGAGAAGACUCAUGAGCAUUCGGACUCCUCAGUGAACUCUGUAUGCUGGGACCCUCACGACUAUGGCCUGAUUUUAGCCUGUGGGAGCUCCGAUGGGGUCAUCUCCCUGCUGACCUAUACAGGGGAAGGCCAGUGGGAAGUGAAGAAGAUUAACAAUGCUCACACGAUUGGCUGUAAUGCUGUCAGUUGGGCCCCUGCUGUUGUGCCUGGAAGCCUCAUAGACCAACCAUCAGGGCAGAAGCCCAAUUACAUCAAGAAGUUUGCAUCAGGUGGCUGUGACAACCACAUCAAGCUGGGGAGGGAGGAAGAAGAUGGCCAGUGGAAGGAGGAGCAGAAGCUAGAGGCACACAGCGACUGGGUUCGAGACGUUGCCUGGGCCCCCUCCAUUGGCCUGCCCACCAGCACCAUUGCCAGCUGCUCUCAGGAUGGUCGAGUGUUUAUUUGGACCUGCGAUGAUGCCUCAGGCAAUAUGUGGUCACCCAAACUCCUGCACAAGUUCAACGAUGUUGUGUGGCAUGUGAGCUGGUCCAUCACAGCAAAUAUCCUGGCUGUGUCAGGUGGAGACAAUAAGGUGACCCUGUGGAAAGAAUCUGUGGAUGGACAGUGGGUGUGCAUCAGUGAUGUCAACAAGGGCCAGGGUUCCAUGCCAGCCUCCAUCACAGAAGGACAACAAAAUGAGCAGUGACAACACAGGUGGCUGGUCUUGUUUCUAGGA